AACCGCACACGUCAGCACACUAUUGCUGCUUCACACAAAAAGCCCCAAAUUGAAUACAAUGAAAAGGCAAGUCGGAUGUUUCUCAAGGGUUUUCGUUCGGAAUCCGGAAUUCUGGAUUGACGCUCCCCUAAUUCAUAAGUUCAACAUUUCAGUUCAGACCAGAAGCAUAAAACAGAUCUUGCUGCCCAAUAUUUCUGAUAGAUGGCUGGGAUUUCGGGAUAUAGGAGCCUUGCACCUAAAACAAAGAAUGCGAUAGUUGCUGGGGGCCUGUCAGCUUUUGUCUUCGGAGUAUAUUUCUACACCAUGAGAGCUGUUGGAGGCACAGAUGAACUGCAAGCGGCUAUUAACAAGUUUGAGGACGAAAAAGGUCAGAAAGAAGCUGAAGCAAGCAUGCCAUCGAAGGUUUGAUCUUAGAAAUCAGUUGUGUUUGAGGACGAAAAAGGUCAGAAAGAAGCUGAAGCAAGCAUGCCAUCGAAGGUUUGAUCUUAGAAAUCAGUUGUGUAAUAAUGUAAUAACUUUUUUUGGUUGAAACAUAAUAAUGUAGUCAAGGACAAUGUAACCCCUGCUGUUAAGCUUUCGAAGACACCGUUGCAGCCCUCUAUUGAAUAUGCAAUUUUUUUCUCCAA